GUCUUGCUAAACUGAUAAACAAUCACCUCAAAGGUCUAUUUAUUAGCUGAUCUGGAGCUUUCAAUCAUAUCACCUGUAUAAUAAUUCCAUUAUGUACACAAACACUUUGAGCACAGUUAAAGGCUUUAUUUGUUUACCUAUAGCCUAAAGAAUAACUUAUUUGCCUCUUAAUCACAGUGCUAAAUUAAUCUUUAGAAGCUCCACCCAGUUUCAUCCUCACAUAAAACACAAGGGACACAGCUGUACAACCUCCUCCUCCCUAGAAAUGAUUCCCAACCUGAGCUCGACCACAGCAGCAUCAAUUCACCUCCAGGGACUUAUUUGAAAAACACAUCUGUAAAAGAAACACAAUGUGUCCUCUGAACGACAGUACCUUUCAUGAUGAGGACGUGGAGAGAGAUGAGAGUCUGGCCAGGCUGGAGAUCUCUCUGCUCAGCAUCAUCUUCAUCAGCGCCACCGUCCUCAACUCCUCGCUGCUGCUGGUCCUCUGGAGACAACGCAAACAGAUGUCCCGCAUGCGCGUCUUCGUCUUCCACCUGUGUCUCGCGGACCUCGUGGUCGCGUUCUUCCAGGUGUGUCCGCAGCUCAUGUGGGACAUCACGGACAGGUUCGUGGGACCGGACCUCGUGUGUCGCCUGGUGAAGUACUUCCAGGUCCUCGGCAUGUUUUCCUCCACCUACAUGAUCGUGGUGAUGACAGUCGACCGAUAUCAGGCUGUCUGCAACCCGAUGGUGAAGUUCCAGAGGACGAGCACCAGACUCAACAUCCCAGUGUGCAUUGCGUGGGGGGUUUCUCUGCUGGGCAGCUUGCCUCAGGUGUUUAUCUUCUCACAGGUCGAGGUUGCACCAGGUGUGUUUGACUGCUGGGCCAACUUCAUCCAGCCGUGGGGGCUGCAGACCUACAUCACCUGGACCACGCUGGUCAUCUUUAUUCUACCUGUCAUCACAGUUGUUGUUUGCCAAGUGCGCAUCUGCAGAGCCAUCCAGAUCAACCUGUACCAAAAGACCCAACAGCAGAGGACCAACAUGAGCAUCCCUGUGCCGUCAUCCAGAGCCAGCGGUGUGGCCGGCAUGUCCAAGGCCAGGGUGAAGACGCUGAAGAUGACGGUGGUCAUCGUGCUGGCUUAUAUUGUCUGCUGGGCUCCUUUCUUCACUGUCCAGCUUUGGUCCGCCUGGGACACUAAUGCACCAAAAGAAACUGCGACUUUCACCAUCCUGAUGUUGCUGGCCAGUCUGAACAGCUGUGCCAACCCCUGCAUUUACCUUCUGUUCAGCAGCCAGGUUCCCAAAAGGCUGGUGGCUCUGAUCCUGCAGUGCCAGCGGCACCAAGACGGCAAGGAUUCAAUCCAAGAAGAGGUCAGCACGUUGUACAUGAGCUUCAGAAACGUGUCUGAGGCCAAAUGAGGGUGACAAGUUACAAUCUGGGAAAAAGAAGCCGGUUGGAGCUGAAUCUGAUGAGCUCUCUCUGCGUUUGAACGACUGUUUCUCCUGAACAGGAGACAUGAUGGAGAUGAGACAUCUGUCAGGGUCUCUGACAUAUGAAGACAUGGUGUGUGUCAUGGAAGCAUUCACCAAAAGCAAACCUGAAAGGGUGGCCAUGAGUGAGAACUGUGCUCCAGAUGUUGUUGGAUGUUGACAAGAGCAAGUGGUGUUUUGUUGCACUGAAGGGCCAGUGAAGAAACAAUCAAUAUGGACUCUGUUAAAGAACUGGUGUGGAUCUUCACAUUAUUAUUAUGACUCUGACAGUUUUGAUGUGAUAUUAAAAAAAAUAUUCCUCAAGCUGGAUUUGGACUUCAGGUACACUUUUACCUUAAAUAAUCCACUUGUGUUGUUAUUUUGUGUAUCAGGAAAACUGGUAUUUUAUGGAAAUUUUGAGCAAAAUGUCAGUAAUUAUACCACAAUAUAUCACAUUAUACCAUAGUCCUUUUGAGAUGAGCUCAGAGACCUUAAGGGAUAAGAUAUACUGUAUCGAUAUGGAGGAUGGAACCUGCCAAAAUAAAUAAAAAAAUAAAUUAAAUAAAUAAAUAAAUGACCCGGCAAAUAAAUAAAUAUGUCAUUGAAUGUACCGAAAUAAUAUUCAAAAUAAAUAUUGGUAUUAAUUAAUUGAUAAAGUGUGACUUAAAUUGAUAUUUCUGUUUUAAUUUGCUUCUUUAUGUAUUAAUCCCACUAUCUAUCUUCUCUUCUAUUUAAUUUCCCCUCAUAUUUUUUAUUUUUUUAUUUUGGUAGGUUAUGUCCUCCAUAUAUCUACCGUAUAUAGCUUUAUUUUCCAAAGAGACAGCUAUUACAGAGUGAAAGCAAGAACAAUUGUUUUUUCAUGAAGAAGAAAAAAAGCUGUUGUAACAUUACUGUUUUUAAAGUCUGUGAAAUACAUUUGUCACAUCUAAAUAUAAAUGUUCUUUGUGGUGAAUAACUGUUUUUAAAUCACACACUGAGUGACUGUGUUUGUAAACUACUGUUUAGGCUGCAACCAACUAAAGUAAAGGUGGAAUAAAAGUUAAAUUCUCA